CGGAAUAAUUGUAAGGGUCUUCCCAAAAAGCACGAGACCCUUUUUGGAAAAUAACAAGGAAAUUCAUAAUCCCCUCCUCUUAUCUCACAUUUAUUCAUCUUCUCCCUUAUUCACAAACCAUUCUAUUUUGUUCCUUAUCCCUUAGGGCAUCAUCCAUUUCAAGCACAUUCACAUUGAGACAUUGGCCAGAGGAUUUCAACCCUCAAUUACAUUGCAUUACUCCAGAACUACAGAACAAACUACUUUGAACAGGACAAAAAAUAUUCUUUGGAGAUCCCCCUUUUCCUUUUCGCCCACCUUUAAUAUUUGGGGAUAUUAACAUAAUCGAAAGUUUUGGUAAAGCUGCGGCAUCAACUCUCUACCAUUUGCAGAAAUUCAUCUGUCAUUUGUCUGACGUUAUCGCUGGGGUCAAUCGUGUAGGAGGAGUAUUAUCAAGUCUUCAAAAGCUUCAGAGCUCUAUCAUCUAUAAUAAGCCCUGAUUCACUAGGUCAGUCCACCCAUCCUGUCAUUUGCAGAUUUAUUAAUAGCCUUGAAACAGAAAGUCUACGUCGAUUCUGCAUCCUUUCGCUUGCGGCCCGUUCCUUUCGUAAAAUAAAACACAAUGGCCACAACAUCAACUCCAAAUGCUUCCAUUGGCAAGAUUCGUUUCAUCCCCCUCUCUUACAACUCCGCCGAGUCGCAAACAUCAGCCCUACGUCUAAUUCUGACACUGCGCCCCGAUUGGGGACGAACCGAUGGAAAGAUAGAGUUUAUACGAUUUACGGAUGGCAUAACAAACACCCUGUUGAAGGUCAUCAACAAGAAACCUGGGCUUUCCGCGGAAGAGAUUGAUAAUGAGGCAGUUCUGCUGCGGGCUUAUGGUCAAGGAACCGAUUUGAUCAUUGACCGAGAGCGCGAGACACAAAAUCACGAAUUACUUACGCAAUUCAAUUUAGCACCAGCGUUGCUUGCCCGAUUUAAGAAUGGAAUGCUUUACCGAUUCAUUAGGGGAGCAGUCACCAGUCCUGCAGACCUCAGAGAGAAAAGGAUUUGGCGUGGAGUAGCUAGACGAUUGGCAGAGUGGCAUGCGGUUGUUCCUUGUCUUUCAGCAGAUCGUGAGGUUCAACCCACAGAAAUAAAUGGUAGUGAGCAAUUUGCUUUUCCAGCUACAUCAAGCAAAAUGGAUCCUGCUCUGCAAACUGCUAUUGACAACAUCGCUCCUGGCAAGCCAGCCCCUAAUGUUUGGACGGUAAUGCAAAAAUGGAUAUAUGCACUUCCAGUGGGAUCAGAGGUAGAAAAGACUCGACAGGCAACUUUGCAAAAGGAAUUAACUCGUCUCGUUGCUGAGCUCAGCAAUCGACCGGGUCUUGGUGAAAAUAGUGUGAGUGACCUUGGUGAAACCCGAUGCGACCUCAGUUGUCUCUGCAGGCAAUGUAGUGCUACCAUAACGAUGCAUCUCCUGCUGUAGCCUCCCUGCCGCCAAGAAUCGUGCUAACAUUCUCCAGCUUGUAUUUGCCCACUGCGACCUUCUAAGUGGUAAUGUUAUUGUGCAACCUCAAUCUACUGGCAUUACUACCCCGCCUGCCGUAGAGACAGUCAGUUUCAUCGAUUACGAAUAUGCAACACCUUCACCAGCAGCAUUUGAUAUUGCCAAUCAUUUCGCGGAGUGGGGAGGAUUUGAUUGCGAAUAUCAAUAUUUGCCCUCACGCGCAGAGAGACUUGAUUUUGUUCGCGAAUAUAUACGAAGUUACUUUGCUCAUUUGAAGCAAACUUAUGAUGAAGAAGCAGAAGUUGAGAAAAUGUUUACCGAAGUGGAUAUAUUUCGGGCGGUUCCCGGGUUCUACUGGGGAAUUUGGGCCUUGAUUCAGGCGACGAUAUCUCAAAUCGAUUUUGAUUAUGCUGCUUACGCAGAGAUGAGACUGGGAGAAUAUUGGGCUUGGAGGGAGGAGAAUGAUGGAAGUCGAGCGGCUUCUGGCAAGGAAAUGCCCUUGAGAGAGAGAAGAUGGGCACAGGAUUCAUAAAUAACAAAUUCUUUCUAAUACAAAGAAAAGGUUUGGGAUUGUUUAGAGCGAUUUGCAUAUUCACGAGGCUUCAACGCCUAAAAGCGUAGCCCAGUAGUAGAAGACUAGUCUUCAACGACAAUAAUUCGAUAUACCUAAUGAAAUUUAAAAGUAUAUAGCUCGAUUUUAAUAAUAGAACAGAAGUAUGAGUAAUUGGUAUG